AUGGCACGAUGCUGUUCAAUCAGCAUUUUAACACAUUCUCUUCAUACUGAUUUAAGUGAUAUAUAUUAUCGAUAUAGUCGUUGGUCUACUCCAAGUAAAAACAUACAUCCAGCUUAUGCUCCAACAGUACUUCACGAAGCACUUCAUUAUAUGACUACUUCAAAUAAUGUAGCUGAAGUUAUUGAAAAAGCUAAGGUUAAUAGAAAUGUUUACUGUUUACCUAUUAUUGGUGUAUUAUCGGAAGCUCUAUGGAGUAUUCCAUUAGAUUUGUAUAAAUAUAAGGCUAUUGAUGUGCAAUUGAAAAUAAUUCGUGAUACAACAAAUGAAUUAAGCAAACAAUGGAUUUCACAAUAUGAGAAUGCAAAUGCUUGA